AUGUCUCGUAUUCCAAAAUUUCCUUCCACUGCUUCUAAAGAAAAUAAACCAACAUUUACAAAUGGUCGGAAUUUAACGAGAACAAUUGGAAAUACUCUAAGUGAUGCCGACAAGAAGACAUUAUUAACAAACCAUACUAAACCUUUACGCGGUGCUCCUGCAACCACAGUUGCAGCUCCGCGCCUUAAAAGAUCAGCAACAGCGCCCACCUCGACUACAGCCCCUAAUAAAGUAGGGAAAGUAGAGAAAAAAGUUACUGUUGCUCCUAGAAUUGCUCCAUAUGAUUAUAAAGCUAGGUUUAAUGACUUAGUAGAAAAACACAAGGCUAUUAAAAGUGAAUUGAAUGAUUUAAGGGACAAACAUUUAGAAGUAUCAGAUGAAUAUGAAAAAAUAAAAGAAACUGUUGAAGGAAACAUCAGUGAAAGAGAUAUGUUAAAGGAAAAGUUGCUAAAUACUGUAAAAGAUCUUCGACAAAAAUCAAGUGAAUAUGAAAGUUUGAAAGUUGAUUUUGAAAUACAAAAACGCGAAAAUGAAGACUUAUAUAAUAAAACUCGACUUUUAGAAGAUGUAACUGCUAGUUUGAAAAUAAAAACAUUAGAAUUUGAUAAGCUUAAAAUGGAAUUUGAUGAUUUAACUCGCCGACAUAAAAGCUUAAGUGAAGAAACUGAAGCCCUAAGGGUUCUAACAGAUCACCUUAAAAAAAUAUCUGUAGAAUAUGAUAAAUUACAAUUAGACCAUAAGGAUGCAAUUGACACAAUUACAAAAAAUAAAAAUGACUCAGAGGCAUUACAAAAUAUUCUAGCAACUAUGUAUAGAGAUCAACGGGCUCUUAGGAACACUGUACAAGAUUUGAAAGGAAAUAUUAGAGUAUACUGCAGAGUGAGGCCUCCGCUGGAGUCGGAAACUUCAAAGCCUCUGUACAAUCUUAAUGUACUUGAUGCCUGCUCUAUAGAAGUUGAAAAGAUUGAACUCCUUAAUUCAGCAAGAAAAGGUAAAUCGCAGCAUUCAUUUACAUUUGAUGGUAUUUUCACACCACAUUCAUCUCAGGAAGAUGUCUUUGCUGAGGUGUCACCAAUGGUUCAAUCAGCUUUAGAUGGAUAUAAUGUUUGUAUAUUUGCAUAUGGCCAAACAGGCUCUGGAAAGACUUACACAAUGGAAGGAGGCUAUGGAACAGAACAAUAUGGUAUUGUACCUCGAGCUAUUAAUAUGAUUUUUACUUGUAUGGAGGAUCUCAAGAGAAUGGGCUGGGAAUUGACUAUUAAAGCCUCAUUUUUGGAAAUAUACAAUGAAAUAAUUUAUGAUUUAUUAAAUUCUAGCAAAGAUCAAGAAAAUCAUGACAUUAAAAUGGUUAACUCUAAAGGCACUGAUUUAUAUGUAUCAAACUUAAAGGAAGAAGAAGUGAAGAGCUCUCAUGACUUUAUCAGAUUGCUGAUAUUUGCACAACGUAACAGACAAACAGCAGCUACUUUAAACAAUGAAAGAAGUUCUCGGUCACAUUCAGUUGCCCAAAUUAAAAUAUCAGCUAUCAAUGAUAAACGUAAAGAAAAGUUUACAAGUAAUUUAAAUUUGGUUGAUUUGGCUGGCUCAGAGAGUGGUAAAACAACUCAAAGGAUGGAUGAGACAAAACAUAUUAAUAGAUCUCUUUCAGAACUUUCAAAAGUUAUAUUAUCUUUGCAAACUAAUCAAUCUCAUAUUCCUUACAGGAAUUCAAAACUCACUCACUUAUUGAUGCCUAGUCUCGGUGGCAAUUCAAAAACUCUUAUGUUGGUUAAUAUCAAUCAAUUCGAUGAAUGUUUCAAUGAGACUCUUAACUCCUUAAGAUUUGCCACAAAAGUUAACAGUUGCCGAACAGUCAAAGCCAAGAAAAAUUUAACUAUGGUUGACUUA